AUGAAUUAAUAUUAAAAAAACAUAUCAUAUAAAUUAAAUAAAAAGUAAUUAAAAAUGAAAACCCUCGUCUUAUUAGCAAUUAUUGUAUUGAAUGCUGUUCAAUGUGUUGAAACUCCCUCUUGGAUUAGCUAAUCUGAUCUUUAAACUACUCUAGCUUGCGUUUCAGCUUUGAAGAUUCCUGAUUGUAUUGCUACCACUUGCACUGACGCUGCAGUUGCUUACUCCACUUGUAUCUUUUGCUCAUCUAAUAUUGAUAGCUUCAAUUCCUAUUUAAGUUGCACUAAAGCUUGUGCUACUACUUAUAUUAAUGAUCCCACUACUAAGGAUGAUAUUACAGUUGGUAUUUAUGCUAACGGAUAUACUUCUUGCAUUCAAGCUAUUAAUCCUAUUAAUACUAUUAAUGGAUCAUCGAUAUUGGUCUUAUCAGCUUUCCUCUUAGCUGUUUUAGCUUUGCUCUUCUGA